AUGAAAACUCUUCUUUUCAUCAUUUGUGGUAUCAAAAUUUAGAUUUUUAUAUAGUUGCAUCUGCAUUAGCAUCACAUGCUUAUAUUUACCCAUUUAAUAGCAAUAGUGUAGAUGAUUUAGAAGGCCUAAACCAAAAGCAAAUUACUUAAUUGAUAAAAUACAAUAUUGGAUUAGUCGAACAUAUUCCUGCAGACUAACAAAAAGUAUUUGAAUAGUUGAUAAAGUAUAAAUUUCUUCAUGAAAUAGAACAUUUGGUAAAGGUAAUGUCUUAUCACCAACCGAUAUGAACUAUAUGAUUUUAAUUGAGAGCGAGAAAUUGUAUUAAGGAUAAGAAUUAAAAUAAUAGAGAAUAACUGAAGGAUUCUCUUAAAGCUUUAAAGUAUUAGACAAAGAUUCAAAAUCCCUUAUGGAAUCACUUUUUGGUCAACAAGGUAUUUAUUUGAUCCAUAAUUUAGCUGAUUCUUUGAUUUAGAAAGCAUCAAAAGUUUACAACUAAAAUAAUUUAGGAUUCAAAAUUUAUCAAAAUGAGGAUAACUUGGAUAUCAAUUAUUUACAAUAGACAAUCACUCUUUAUUUAGGGAAAAAUGUAAAAUAUAAAUUUAAAAUAUAGAAUGAAGUUUAUUUGUAUGAACCAAAUAAAGAUAAAUCUUAUAAAGUGGAUUCAAGUUUAGAAAAAUGUGUUGAUAAUUUCUUUGGAACAACAUUUGAUUAUGCACCUAAAGAGAACAAAAUAUAUAAAUACAAUACAAAUGAAAUGAUUGAAAUUAAUAAAGAUAAUGAAGAAUAAAUUAUUGGGUUCUUAAAAGAUAUAUGUGCAAUGAAUAAACUAUCCACACUUUUUAAAAAAUGUAUAUUUAUGUUAUAAAUUAAUUAGCCAAUUAACCCAAUAUGUUAUCAAUCAUUAAUAAAUCUAUUGCAAAAUUAGAAAAAAUCAUGAAAGAAACAGAAAUAGAAAUGAUUUAUGAUAUGAUGAGAAUUGCCCAUAAAAAAGUAUUAUAAUAAAUAAUAUUAAGCUUUCUAAAAACUUUAGAAAUACAUUUGAAAAUGAAGAAUUGUUUGGUCUCAUUUUAAUCGAAGAAGAAAAGAAUCCUUAACUUACAACAACUAAGGAAUCAGCAAAAGUUUAAAGAAUUUUAAUGGAAACUAGAACAAGAAUGUUAAAUUAAGUUACUGUAUAAUAUUCCAUAACAAUUUUAUUAGUAAACUAACUCUUCUGGAUAUGUUAUGAAUGCAACCACUUAUUAAAUUUAUGUUUGGUUUGGAGUUUUCUUUGUUAUAGUCUUGAUUGGUAUAAUAUAUUCUAUGGUGACUAUGGAUAUUUAAAAGGAUACUUUAUUGUAUGCUAAAUUCUUAACAACAGAUCAAAGAGCAUGA